AUGUACCGCCGCCACGCCAAGCGCCGCCGCGAAGCCCCCGAUCAUGCCCUCCAGGCCUCCUCCAAGGCGCCCGUCAUGACCACCCACGCCGGCGGCGCUUCCUCCUCCUCCUCCUCCGCCGGGGCGGCGGGCGCCUCCUCCUCCUCCUCCUCCGCCGCCUUCUACGCGCCCCCGCCCCGCCGCCUCCACUUCUUCGUGCGCGCCACCGACUCCAAGACCAUCGCGAUACACGCGGCGGCGGACGACACCGUCGCCGCCGUCCUCGCCCACCUCGCCGACUGCGGCUACGGCCGCGACCUGCGCCUCCUCUACGCCGGCCGCCAGCUCCAGCCGGAGGCCACCGUCGCGUCGCUCGGCCUCGCGCCCGACUCCACCCUCCAGCUCGCCGCCCGCCUCCGCUCCACCCCGCACCCCAAGGCCUGGCAGCUCGCCUCGCACAUCGCCGCCACCGCCGCCUCCGGGGACGCCGGCACCGACUCCGCCCACACCCUCGACGACCUCGUCAAGGAGUACAUCUCCUGCUGCGACCCCGCCAGCGAGCACAACCGGAACGAUCGCAGGGCCAAGGGGGACACCACCAACACCGACCGCCACGCCCAGGACUACCUCGACAUCUUCCUCCAGUCCGGCGCCGCCAUCGCGCUGGUUCGCCUCUACCUCUCCGAUUUCUCCUUCUCCCGCUCCUACGCCGAGCGCGCCAUCAGGUGCUUCCUCAGCACCGACCCUGUCACCCUGCCGCAUAAUGUCAUGCUCGUCACAGCGCCUGUGCUGCUCGAGUUCUGCCGCCUGCUCGCUCUCACCGCGGGCAACAAGGAUUCCCUCUACAAGUCAUGCCGUUACACACUUGCAUCGGUGCUCUGCUUGCCACUCUCGGUGCUCGGUGCCUCCAAAUCGCCCACCAAGGUGAUCGAGCAGGUCCUCCCGUUUGCCAGAGAGAUUGUUGAAUUGGUCCUCAAUGGACUUGGAUCAGAGACCAUGCUGGUGCCAAGGACAGACCUUGAGGAGCUCUCAAACUUCUUUAAAGUCCUACGCCAGCAGGUACUCCUUUGGAUGCCUGACGGCUCAAUGCCAAAGAAUAUGUACAGCAGGGAGUGUAAGCGUACUGACACAUGGGUAUGGGAGUUGCACGAAAUGUCCAUGAACCUGCUGAAAAGGGUGGAUGAGUGUCUCAAGAGGUUGGAAAUGGAUCUUUCAUCUUUGUCAUCUGACACUAGGGGGGGCAUAGAAAAUCAACCUAUCUGGGUCACCCGAUUACAUAUCCUUGCCAUAUUGACAGAACUGGAUUUCAUCUCAGGGAUAUUUGAGGAUGUGGCACACAACCUGCGGUUCGUGUUGCUGGCACACAAAGCACCUCUCAAUGCGCUCGUGCGCUGUUCCAAGAGGAACGAGCAUCUCCACUGGCUCAUGAAGCAUAAGGAUCUGCUCUGCUUCGAAGCAAGAAGGAACUUGGUCUUAAUGUUGUUUUCUGAGGGGAAGGAUGACUAUGGGGAGCUGCAUGAGAUGUUGAUCGACCGGUCACGUUUACUGGAUGAGUCCUUCGAGUACAUAACACAGGCAAAACCCAGUGAGCUUCACAGUGGUCUGUUUAUGGAGUUUAAGAAUGAGGAGGCUACUGGCCCUGGUGUUCUGAGGGAGUGGUUCUGCAUGGUGUCUCAAGCUCUGUUCAGCCCACAGCAAGUACUCUUCUUGCCUUGUCCUAAUGAUCAACGGAGAUUCUACUUGAAUGGAACAUCUGUUGUUGAUCCACUGCACCUGAAAUACUUCGUUUUUUCGGGACGAGUAAUUGGAUUAGCAUUGAUGCAUAAAGUGCAAGUAGGGAUAGUUUUGGACCGCACCUUAUUUUUGUAUCUUGCUGGGAGAAGUAUUACAUUGGAAGACAUUUCUGCUGCAGACCCUUUCACGUAUGCAAGCUGUAAAAGGAUUCUAGAGAUGGGUGCUGCCGAGAUUGAUGAUUUAACUUUAACAUUUUCCCGAGAUGUUCAUACCUUAGGGUCUCGAAAGACUAUUGAGCUUUGCAAAGGAGGGCAGGAUAUCUCUGUGAACAUCAGUAACAGAGAGCACUACAUAGAUCUUCUUAUUAAGAAUAUCUUUGUUGACUCUAUUUCUGAUCAGCUAGCUAAUUUCGCAAGAGGAUUUGGCGACAUAUUAGCUAAUCCGAAACUCCGGGAGGUAUUUUUCGGGUGUUUGGAUCUAGAAGACUUUGACCGAAUGCUAGGGGGAAGCAACAACACUAUAAAUCUGAAAGAUUGGAGAUCACAUACUCAAUAUAAUGGCUACAAAGAAAAAGAUCGCCAUGUUAACUGGUUCUGGAAGGCCGUGGAGAGCAUGCCAGUUGAGCAACAGAGGCAGCUCCUCUUCUUCUGGACCUCAGUGAAAUAUUUGCCCUCAGAAGGCUUUGGUGGGCUGAGCUCAAAGCUGUACAUAUACAAGACAACGGAGUCAGCCGACCAUCUCCCGUCGUCGCAUACAUGCUUCUACCGCCUCUGCCUCCCCGCAUACCCGUCCCUCAAGGUGAUGCAGAGCCAGCUGCAGAAGAUCACACAGGAGCAUGUGAGCUGCAGCUUUGGUACGUGGUAG